AUGUCACGGCAAGGAGGGGAAUCACAAAGAAAAGGGCGUUUCUGUGUCGAGCCUCGCCCCUCUCAUCAACCUGCACUCCUCUACCUGCACUCCUCUACCUGCACUCCUCUACCUGCACUCCUCUACCUGCACUCCUCUACCUGCACUCCUCUACCUGCACUCCUCUACCUGCACUCCUCUACCUGCACUCCUCUACCUGCACUCCUCUACCUGCACUCCUCUACCUGCACUCCUCUACCUGCACUCCUCUACCUGCACUCCUCUACCUGCACUCCUCUACCUGCACUCCUCUACCUGCACUCCUCUACCUGCACUCCUCUACCUGCACUCCUCUACCUGCACUCCUCUACCUGCACUCCUCUACCUGCACUCCUCUACCUGCACUCCUCUACCUGCACUCCUCUACCUGCACUCCUCUACCUGCACUCCUCUACCUGCACUCCUCUACCUGCACUCCUCUACCUGCACUCCUCUACCUGCACUCCUCUACCUGCACUCCUCUACUCCGCUCAUUCUCCAUCACAGGCCCUUGCACAUCGACGGUUCAGGGUACAGGCUCAAAAGAUCAGGGGGGAGGCCCUGGACCCGUUCUAG